GAUCGAUAGAAUGAUAGAACAUAAUAAAGAAAUUGUGGCGAUGUUAGUACCUACUAGUUUUAAGCUUUAGUGUUGAUCAGAAGUUCGGUGAUAAUUGAUUGUGAUUUCACGUGUUGGGAGUUAUCGUACUAUUGACAUUCGUAUCUCGUUAUUAUGAAAAGUAAUUUAGUUUUAUGAAUAUGUAUUCAUAUAACAAGUCGUGCGAUAUUAUUCACCAGAGUUAAAUUACAUUUAUAUAUUUCCAGCAGUCUUUAAAAAUGACCGUGAAGACUUUAUUUAUAUUAUUCGGUGGCAUAAUUAUUAUUCUGUCAAUGAUACAUUAUUCAUCAGCAAAAAUCAACAGAACUAAAGUAUCCUACAAUGUGGAUUGCCCUGACUUUGGCAGCAUUGAAAAUGGGAAAACAUCCAAAAUUGAAAACAGCAACAUUCAAUCACUGCACAUUGAUUGCCUGCCAGGGUUUUAUCUAAUUGGGCGGCCUAAAGUAUUAUGCAAUGAUGGCCAGUGGGAGCAGAUACCUAGGCCACAGUGUGCAAAACAGUGCCCACCUCCGCCAUUUGUGCGCAACGCAGUCAUCACGAUGGAGAGACACAAGGAUGCCAACGACCACUACCGCAAAGGUUCCGUCGCCACGUACAGCUGCGGGGGAGACUUUGUCCUCACCCCGGCCAGCAGCAGCGUCAGGAUAUGCAAGGACGGAGUGUGGACCGGGACGCAGGGAACUUGCGUGGCGUACGGAUGCCCGGCCCCGCCGGAGAUCGCAGACGGCUACUACGUGCUGGAGCACGUGUUCAACCCGGGCCAGCCCGACGGCUCGGCCGGCGCCGUCAAGGCGGCCGUGAACCAGCGCGCGCACUACAUGUGCAACCUCGGCUACGCCCUCGAGACGGAGGCCUCGGGCUCGGCCACGCUGCAGUGCAUCGAGAGCGGGGACUGGUCGCCGCGCAUCCCUCCGCAGUGCUCCAAGAUCCUGUCAGACGAGGAUGACGCUCGGGUGUCGUGCGGCGCCCCGCAGCUGGGGCCGCACACUUCCGCCACCACGCUGGCCGGGCUGCGCACCUCGGACGGGCGGGCGCUUCCCGGCACGGAGCUGGAGCUGAACUGCCGCGAGGGCCACCGCGACGCCCGGGACUCCUGCCCGCCCACCGCCCCGCCCACCGUGCUGCGCUGCGUGGAGGGCCGCUGGCAGGGCUCUGCCCCGCGCUGCGUGGAAGUGAACGGCUGCGUGUCCCCCACCAACAUCCCGAACGGCGUCUUGUUCGGGCAGUCGAUGGACGGCCGCUACCAGAUCAACGAGCAGGUGGCCUACACGUGCGCGCCGGGCUACGUGCUGUUUGGCAACCCUGUGCUGUCGUGCGGCUCCAGCGGCUGCUGGGAGCCAGCGAUGCUGCCCGAGUGCCGGGCCGAGGUGUUCGUGAGUGCCGGCUACAUCUCGAGCAGCUCCCUGCUGGUGUCGCUGGUGACGGCUCUGGGCGUGAUGCUGGUCCUGCUGGGCGUGUGCCUGGUGGUGGUGUGCCGGCGCCGGCAGCGACCCUGGCACCACCGCCCCGGCGGAGCGGCUGCCAUGCCGUGCCAGCGCUCCCGCCCCCGCCCCCGCCCCGUGGUCUCCUCCCCCUCCGCCGCCGGGGCCCCCUCCCCCUCGGGCACCGCCCUGCACGACCCCGACCGCGUGGCGCUCAUCGCCUGCGCCGACGGCGUGCUGCUGGGCGAGUCGGUGCUGCCGAGCUACGAGGAGGCGGUCAGAGAGCGGUCGGGGUCCAGCAACCCUUCGCUGCUGGCGUGCCGGGCUCACCGCCCCCACUGGGCAGCUCUGGGGACCGGGCGCCGGCCGCGGCCGGCCGGGGACCAGGUCUACAUCACCCGCCAGUCCUCCAGGAUACCUGGCAGUCACUCAAGAGGGCUCGGUGCGAGACGGAUCAACAGCAGACCGCACUUCCGAGCAUCCGUGCAUCCACCGUCAAGAGAAUGUGAAUCCUGCCUCAAGACCAGUUCGACCUUCUCCACCCCUGUCUACCCCUGUAAACAGGAUACCUGGCUCUCACCCAAGAGGGCUCGGUGCGAGAGAGGAGGAGGAUCACGCUCACGUCGCACUCUGCGUCGCUGCGCAGCGGCUCGGCGGGGGACUCGAUGGGGUCGACGGACACGAUGGCGCCCAGCGACGUCUCCACCAACGUCACGCUCGACACGGUGUCGUCGCACACGUGCAGCAGCGGCUCGCAGACCGCGUCGUGCCGCGCCAUCUGCGGCAGCCUCGCCUCCUUCGACACCAGCUCCGUGCUCAACACGGAGGGUGUGCCGCUGCUGGAGGAAAACGAGCUGGAGGACGGAGUGACAAUGGCGACCCCUCGUCGCAUGUACGAGCAGGCUCCGGACGCCGCCUCCUUCAAGUACCGCCGGGCGUCCCCUGAUCUUGCCUGAUACAUGCGCUACAGCUGCCGGCUGGAGUUGACGCCGGUGCCUCUGUCCUACGUGGACGAAUCAAUACGGGUGUGAAGCAUCACGCGUAGCUGCAGGGGUGUGCUAGAUGGAGAGGUAAACUUGCACUGUGCGCACUUGUGGACCUUGAGUUGCGAUUUGGGUCUUCGUGUAGAAGUAGUCGUUUGGAACUAGUGUGUUUAUGUUUGCCGUACCUCUCUGUCUUCCGUACAAAUUUCUCACGAAAUGAAAUUGAUCAGGUAAAAUCGCUCUGAAUGGUUGGAACCAAAUAUAAUGCGGUAAUAACUCUUUCACUGUGUGGGAUGCAGUAAUCCCACAUAUGUUGAGGUUAACAAAGUGGAGCAUUUUCACAAAACUGCCAGUUGUAUAAACUGCAACUACAUUUCAGUAGUGAAUUUUAAAGUGCGUAGGUAAGUUGGUUUUCUUUGAUAUGAUUUCAAUUAUAAUUUCCCAUGUAAUUAAUUAAUAAUUUUUUUUUUGUGCUUGGAAAUAAAUAUUUGCAGUUAGAGCAAGAUCAUGUAUGUGCAAUAUAUAAAUUUAUUAUGUCUUGCAAUACCAUUUGCAAGACACUUGUGUUACUAGCCAUGCUUGGCUGAUGUGAAUGUAUAGUUUUAUCAGUGUUAAACAUUUUUUCGUAAAGAUAUUUGAUGUAACAUUCCAGUUUUAGUAGGUGUUUAAGUUAUUUCUCUGAACUGUGUCUAAAUGUGGUGUGGCUGUUUUUGCUUGAGAUUUUACAACAUUCAGAAAGUUUUGAACUCUCAAUGUUUGAAUAGGAGAGUUGUGCAGACAUCAACAAAAGAUGGUGUGAACCACUUUAAAAUUCUCAAUUUGUGCCAUAUAAUAGUGUUAGUGAUAUAAACUAUGUUUUAGUACAUAAAUUGGUGUGUGAUGAAGUAGUUUUCAUUGAUAUGGUGAGUUAUUUAUUUGAGGAAAAGUGAUCUGUUUUAAAAUAAAAACCAGCACACUUUUUUUUUCUUUUCUCAUGGUCUUGUUGUGGGAUGGCUGUAGGUUCUGUUUUCAUUACUGGUGACAAGUGUACAACUGUCUGAAAUACAGAAGCCGUUUUCAAUUUAUGAAAUGUUUUAUGUGGUUCUGAUACAUCCUAAUCCAGUUGUGUUUUAAGUAUCUGAUUUUAGCCUCGUGAUCAGAAACCCAUACAAGUUAUUCUUAAAGGAUCCGCCUAGCGACGUAUGGUAUUACCGUAUUAGUGAUGUGAAGUAAGUGCGAUCCAUGCUGGUGUUUCUAGUGCGAUAACGCCUCUUAAAUGCAAGGUUCUGAAAUAGAGUGCAGACUUUAUGUCAUGCAUGAGAUUUGAGUGUUAAUGAAAAAGUUUUAUGGGAGAGAAAUUAAUGUUUAUUGCAAGUGCCUUUAUUGCUUUCAAGAAUCUCAACUAAGAGUUUUGUAUUAAAUGUAAUUCUGAAAACACCACCUUUAUUUUUGGCCAAUUUCAUAUCAUUCCUACCUCAAUAUAUUCUUAAAUGCUUUUCGUGAACUAUUUGCAUUUUCUUGAGCAGUUCUGAAGCUCUGCAUACUGCCUGUGUGCACCGUUAGGCAGGGCCCUUAUGGGGGCUGCCCUACUGGGCAUAUCAGCUCUAAAAGCAUGAGAGCACUAAGGGUGACAUUGGCACGUGCAUCUCCCACUUCUUCACCUCUACAUGCAACAGGAUGUCCACAUUCUGGAAAAUAAGGGAAAAGUUAGGGAAGUUGUAAUUUGUCAGGAAAAGUGAGGAAAUUUACAUGAAAUCCUGUAGAAGUCAGGGCAAUUUCCCAGUGAUAGUAGUUUGAGGGGAAAAUAUUAAUCUCCAAUCUACCAUCAUCCAGCCUGAAAGCAAUUUUUUUUUUCAGAUGGGUUUUUAGUGCGUAAUCACCAGUCAAUUCAUACGCACAUUAAAAUUGUGGAAACUGGGCUUUCUUUAUAUCUUUUAAAAAAAUUUGCAUAAUGGUAAAUUAGUUUUUAAAAGUCUAGGAAAUUGUAUUACAGAUAUGUGUGGUCAUCCUGUGUGAGGAAUUUUAGUGGUAAUCUUAACCUGUAUGUUGGUGUACUAGUUUCAAUACCAUGAACCAAAUAUUUUGUACCAGUAUCGAUACUCGUCCAUGAAAACACCAGUUUUAGCUUUUUUUUUUUUUUUUUUUUUCCAAAAUAUCUGUUUGAAAUGUAAUGCAUUUCAUAUUCAGACACCUUGAAUAAAUAUUGAGCAAUUUGUAAAUGGUGCAUUAAUACCCAGUGUGCUCUGCACACCAUGUGGCAACCUUGCCAGGUAGCCACUGUAAAUGUUUGGCAUUAAUGACCUAUUGCUGAGAACCCGCUUUUGAUUUUGAUAGUUAUUUCAGUGUUCGUUGGCCACUGUAUUUUUGAUGCAGUACCAAGAUGAAUUUGUUUUAAUAUUAUUCGCACACCUAGAUUUUUAUGAGAUUUUUGAUUUAGUAAUUUUGAUUUUAUCUCACGAACGGUUAGAAAAGUAAAAGACAUAAUUGUGGUGCGUACUAAAGAAAAUGCACGAGGGUCAUUUCUAAAUUUACAGGGUAGUUGUGAAAUAAGCGAGUUUGUGGAGUCAUUGAGGGUGCCGAGUUGUGUGAUAGCACACCUGGUGCCAAGGCAGAGUACAAAGUGUUUAGUGGAGCAUGAAUUACGUAGGACUUGUAAACACAAUGCACUGAGUGUACCUUAAAGAGUGAUGAAGUAUGUACUUGUUCCUUGCAGCUUUUUUUUUUUUUUUACCUAUUCAACUAUUCAUCUUUUUUUUGUUGUUAUACUGAUUAAUUUUUUUAACGAGUACUCAAGUGGCAUAGCUAGAGUUUUGGUUCCGGUGGUACAAGUCAAGUGUGAAAGAAGAGGUUUAAUUAUGUUGUACAGUGAAUACUACAGAAAUACUGAACAGUAGGCCUGUGCUUAUAUCAUUUUUUUAAAUUUAUAAUCGGAUACGAAUACAAAUAUAAAAUUAUUUUGAAAACAAAUAUCAAAUUCAAAUAGUAAGAAUUAGAAUUCCACUAAAAAAAUAUUUUCAUGUCAUGUAGUAACUUCUGGAAAAUUACACAAAUAAUACUAAAUUUAUAGAUGGGUUAAGGUAGCUACAAUAAUUAUAAGUAAAAAGUUUGUUUAAGUAUUUAAAUUUUGUAAUAAUUUUUUUUUAAUAUGCAUCUCACCUAAUAAUCUAACCUAACUUAACCUAACCAACCACCCAACUUUUAAUUUCAGUUCCCAUUUGCUUUAUUUUCCACAACCUGCUACUCUGCAUAUUGAUCCAGAAAAUUGUUGUGAACCGCAAAAUGUUGCAAUUUAUUUUAUAAAAAACUGUAAUUUUUUUUAAUGUUGUAUUUCUAAGUUAAUGAUUGAAUCAGCUCAUAUGUACAUAUUUAAACUCUAAAUAUUAAAGAGUUUUCUUCGUUAACAACCACCAGGUAAAUUGUAUUUUAGUUCAGUAAUAUUUUAAAAACAAUUUUUGCUAUUAUAGUCUGGAAUCUGAAACUAUUAUUUACCUUUUUUUAUGUAUAUUUGAGUUGUGUCUGUUUUAUCAUAGAUUAAUACAGCAAGUAAGCUGCUACUGUAUUACAUGGUGCUAUAUUGAUUGUGACUGUUGAUUUAUAUGGCGUUGAAACUAUCACAAUUACUUCUUUUAAUGCUUUUUGUCAAUCUCCGUUCCUGAUAGUGAUCACUUUGAACCCCACAAUUUUAAAAAAUUCUAAAUACUAAACGUUACUGGCCAUAGCUGUAAAUGUGAAACUACCACAUAUAUGUUAUGAAAAUAUAUAUAUAAAAACAUUUAUUGGGUUAUGUAUGUUUAGCUUGAAUAAAGUUGGUUACUUGAAAAAUCUUAAAAAGGCUUUCCAUUUGCUUUUCAAUGCUUAGUAUUAGUUUUAUGAUUUCCUUUAUAUUUUUGUUGAAUUUUAUUAUGUAUAGAGCCUAAUUAGUUUUUUUUUUAAAUUCAAACCUGUAUUUUAUAAAAAUAAGUGUGUAAUACAACUGCGUCGAGAACAAUAUUCACAAUUUAAUUUUACUGCAUAAAUAUUUUAAAUAUUUGAUUUGAAAUUUGUUUUGCAGGAAAAAAAAACUAGUAUCUGCUAGGCUUAGUUUUAUCUGGUUAUGUUAUUAUGGACAAAUUUUGUUCAUAAAAUAUGCAGAAGUAGUUUUAAAGAAAAAAAAUAAAAUGCAAUUUCUGCAUUAAUAAAUUGAAUGAUGUUAAAGUUAAGAAAGGAAUUGUUUGGUUUUAAGACUGUCUUUGGGGGGGAUACUGCCUCUAAUGAUAUCUAUACUCAUUGUUAGCAGCAGUAAAGAAUUUGUGUGAAUGGGUUGAAAAUAAGUUUUUAGGUAGUUGUAGCUGGGAAAUACUCAUACCCUAGAAAUAGCUGUUAAGUUUAUUGGAAAUAUAUAAAAAUGUGUUUUUAAAAGCCACACUAUAAGACAGCGAACAGUUACACUUGUAUGUAGUUUUACUACUGAGUAGUGUUGUAUUAUGUAGUUAUGUAGUUCUAAAUGUACUGUACAUGUAGUUAUAAUUUUAGGCAGCAUUUUUUUAGUUGAGUGGUUUCGUACUUCGUCUUUUGAAAUUAGACCAUUGGCAGGUAGUUGAUGUUGAUAUUAUGACAAUAUACCAAAAUUUAAAUAUGUGUCUGUAUAGUAAAAUACAUCACUUUUAGUAGAAUAUUUAACUGUUGCAACUUUAUGAUUUUUUACUAUUGUAUUUUAUUGUCAUAUAUCUGUAUUUUAAUGUAUAAAAUACAGUUUUCAUAAUUUGUAUCAAUUAAUGCUGUAGUUCAUAUAUGUACAUGUUUCCAUAGGAAAUGUGAAUGAAAGAUGUAGUGUAUGUAUAUACCAAUGUACUAUACUAAGUUAUUAUUUUUUUUGUAACUGGUUGUAAUUCUUACUAUAUUAUUAUGCUGCCUAUUUUUUUGAACCAAAUUAUUAUUAUUAUUAUUAUUAGCGAAGUUUAUUAAUGGCAAUAUAGUUUUCAGUAGAAUGUAUUUUUUGUUAAAGCUAUUUGUUGUUUUAUUUUAUAGAUAUAAAAUACAUGUUUUUGAAGUAACUUUAUAACAUGUGAGUUCAGUGCUAAAAAUUAUAUUUUUUGAUUUCUACAGUUUAAUUUGCUUGAAACUUUGUAUUUUUUAAAUUAGCUCUAUUUCAGUGUACAAUGUGAAUCCUAUUGAUAAAUUUGUAUUCUCCUGCAGAGUUUUAAAGCUACUUUAAAAAUAUUGUUCAUAUGUAACUGUUUGCGAAAUGAGAUCCUAGUUGAGCCUUUGUUUGUUGCAAUAUUAUUUGGUUAGUUAGUUUUCAUUGUUAUAAAUAAAGCUCAUUAAUCAUUUUCUUACAUAUAUGGAAUUACUUAGCAUGAGUCUGUUUUUCAUGAAGUUUAUUUCUUCAUGUAUGUGAAUAUUAUUGUAUAUUUUACAUUAAAUAAAUCUAAUUAUGGUCAGGAUUAAAUUACUUUUUGUUUGUGUAGGUACCUGCAAAUUACACAGGUGCUAUUAAGCAUUCCUAAUGUUUUAUUAUUGGUUAUGUAAACUUUUCUAGUCAAAAAAAACUUUUUGAAAUAGGUUCAUAAGGUUUCUUUAACUUUGUGUCAUGUUUCCAGAUGCAGCUUUACAAAUUUUUGUACAUGAAAUUGAGUAAUUUCUAACUAUAAUAUUUGUUUAUAACUAAAGCAAGCGGACUUUGAUAUAGUUAAACUUAUUUUAUAUAUCAUGUAAUAAAUAUUUUGGUUUAGCUUGGUAAAAUGUAAUCUUGUAAUUAAUGUAAGAGAAAAUUAUUUCAGUAAAUAUUUUUCAAUCAAACUACUAGUACUUGUUUGGUCAAUAGUGAAGAGAUAAGUCUAUUCAUAAAUUUUAACUGUUUUACUAUCAAACAUUAGUCCUUAGCAGUUAAUGAAUGGUUAGAUAUAAAGUUAAAAUGCAACAUAAAAAUAGACAAUGUUGUGUAAAAGAUGACUGUUAUCUAGUCCAAUUAAGGAAAAGUUUUGAUUUUUUUUCAUUUACUGGCAGCCAUUUUUGGAGUUAAAUCUCAUUUAUGUAUGUUAAUGAUAAAAUAGGUUAUGAAUUUUUUUGUUAUAAUUGGUUUUAUUUUACAACUGAUCAAUACUCUGAAUGUACUGGGAAUUGAAAUAAAUUAUUUUCAGUAACUGUAAUUUAGAUAAAUAAACCUAUUAGACUUGA